AUGUUGAGCCUCCUACCCCUGUUUGUGUUUCUGGCGGCCUUGUUCCUGGUCGGUAGAUGGUUCGUACGGAGUCUGAAAAUCGGCGGGUUAUCUGGUCGGUACGUGUUUAUAACCGGAUGUGACACUGGAUUCGGAAAUAUGCUCGCCAAGAGGCUUGACUCUCUGGGAAUUAAUGUAUUCGCUGGCUGUCUGACAUCCAGGGGACAACACGAUUUGGACAAGGCGACAUCUGAACGUCUUGUCACGAUAGCGCUUGAUGUUACGAAUGAGGACAGCAUACGCAAGGCAUAUGCAGAAGUCAAAAAUAGACUCCCGGAAGGAAAAG